CAUCAAGACCUAAACACUCUUCAACAACAACUGCUUUGCGACUGUGAUUAACUUCAUCAGUCGCCUCACUUGAACAUCAACUCUCGUGACACUCUCCAACCAAACCUCCAUUUCCAUCAACAAGACAUCACCACCACCACCACCAUCAUCAUCAUGGCUCCCCGCGUCCCCCGUCUCCCCAAGGCCAAGCCCACCGAAAUCUUCUGCAUCAGCGCCGCCGGCGUCGGCGUCCUGGCGCCCCUGUACAUGGCCAUGCCCGGCGCCGAGGAGCGCAUGGCGCGCCAGACGACCAAGUGGGCGCCGCGCUGGGAGCGCAACAUCAACUACUUUACGAGCCCUGCCGAGCGCACCGCCCAGCGCAUCGAGCCGCCCAUUUCAAAGGCCGUCAAGAAGCUGGACGAGAGGCUGCCGCUCGAGAGGAUGGCCAAGGGCAUGGAGAGGGGCAUCCAGAAGUCGAUUGCGCGCUUCUCGGGGCCCAAGCCCAGCGAGACGUGAGGCUUUGAUGAUGUGAACUGGCUCGUCUUUUUCUAUACUCUCCUUUUUUUCUCACUAUAUCUUUCCUUUGUCCAUGUUGCUGUUGUCGUCGUUGUUCUUGAGACUAUGCUGGCCUGGUUGGUCCGGAUGAACUGGUGGUUGGGAUGGCUGGAGCCUGUGGAAGCGGGCUCGCCGUGGCGUUG